GCUUCUGUCUCUCCGCUUCUCUCUCUCUCGUGUGCUUUCCAACAUUUACCAUUUAUCAAUUGUCACUUAUCAAUUGUCAUUUAUUGCUCGUAGUUUUACUUCACUUCACUUAACCUCAUUUCAUUUCAUUCUCACACUACUAUGUCUGCUGCAUCCAUAGCCGCAGCCGUAGCAUCUGCAUCCAAUGGAUCCUCACACCCGGAUCACCAGCGUGCGCCCAUGCCACCACACCUACCCGACGACAGCGAUAUACCACGGCUGCUCCGCCACGCGUCAAUGCGCCAGGACAAAAACAUUUCACAAACAAUCAUCGGCAACACGCCCGAGGCUGUGCCCGAGAUUUACGUAGAGAACUGCGCGCCCGUGUUUGAAGUCGGCUACUGGAUGAACUACGGCAACUUCAGCUCCGUACGCGAACACCACGAUAGCGUGUGGAACCUCCCCGUCGAGUCCGCCUACGGGGCGGACAUUGCCGCCUGCUUGAACCUCGGUUGGCCUAGCGUCACCCACUACAGCACCUGGGAGCCGGAGCCCAACAAGCACAGCAUUUUGUGGCACAAGUCCGAAAUGUUCCCCAAGCUGGUUGACUACAGGGUGUGGCAAAUGCUGCCCGCACGCCUGGAGGUGUUCUCUGUCCACAAGGAAAACUCUGCGCAGGAGCGCAACCAGGCGGCGGAAAUCAUUUCAAAGGUGCCCGAAUUGCUGGCACCCACGGCUGCCGUGCAGCAGUUUUACGAGCAUAGAUGCCGACACUUGGAGCACAUUGUUAUGUCCAUGGACUCGAUGAGCAAGGCCGAAACAUUCACAAAGUACAAGUACUUGACUCUAGCGCUAGCCACCCCCGUAUUGGCCCCAAGCUCGCUGACCAUUGUCAACUGCCGGCUGAAGCACAUCAGGGCCAUUCUCAACUGCAUCGACCGCAAUGCCCUGGGCCUCCCCACCACUGAGCUGCAGUACCACCCAGGCAAGCCAGAGUUGGGCCAGGGACUGCAGCACUUGCACCUCAAAAUGGUCAGCCUGUACGACGAGCUCACGGGGCUUCCCAUUUCGGCGGCGCGCUUCCCCAAUCUGACCAGCCUCAUAAUCGAGCAUUCGCCAGCCUUGGAAAACUCGCUCCCUGAUGGCGAAAAGUUUGGGCACCUGUGGGAGAUGCGCUGGACGUCGAUGAGGCGCCUGCAGUUGCCAUUUUUCAGCGACCAGCAUUUGGCGCUUCUAGUCAAGUUUAUGCCCAACCUGGAGAUCCUCUCGGUCAUUCCUACAGCCGGUUUCGAGGCAGGCGACGAGUACCCGGACACUCUGAGUGCCCCAACCAUUGUCAAGCUGGCCACACAGCUUUCAUCUCUGCGGCACCUGGAGAUACGCUCGAUGCUGCGCACCAAGGGAAAGCGGCCCUACAAUACGAGCGAAUUUGUGGCUCUGGCCAUGAGGAAGCCCCCCGCAACGAGCCGUCCGGACCUCAAGGUCUUUGCCAUCCCCUGCGUGCACAUGGAUUUUGUCUCUGUUAUCAAGCUGCUAAUGUACCUGCCCGGCGUUGAGCAGCUUGAGUUUCAGCUGCCCGACCAGCACGCCCUUCCGCCGUCCAAUGGUGGCGCCGCUAUUGCACAUAACCUCGAGGGCCGCACGUGGUCUGAGGAGCGGGCCAGGUUUGCUGAAAUAUUUGCCGGCAAACCGCACCCUUUGCAGUCCAUCAUCAUGUCCGGGUAUCAUGUGGACUUGCAUUCGGCUGCGGUGACGGAUUUCUUGAAGCUGUUCCCCGACGUCGACUCCCUAUCAUUCGCGUCCGUUGGGCGGGAGGAUCACGACAAUAUUGACCAGCUGGCCGGCGUUCUGACGGCACUGAAUCCUGAUCUCGAAGUCUCUAUAAUUUGAUUAAGCUAGUUUAUAUUUUUUACUUGUGAAAUACAUGUUGGGUGUUUGCCAAUUAUCG